AUGAUAGAGUUCUUGUUAUUCAGCCGACUACUCGGCGCACAUGAACGCGGUCAACAAUUUGUACAACGAGCUGUUCAUCAAACGAGCCUACAAUCGCUACGUGACCCCGAUAUACCAGAAGUCUUCGGGGAAUGGCAGUGCAAUGGCACCGUUUAUUUUCCCGUUUUUUAUUACGCUGAAGUCGCCUGUCCAAUCAUUGUAACCACUUUUCCUUUCGAUAAGCAAAUAUGCCCAAUCAUGGUGAUGUCGUUAGCCUUUGAUGCAAAGCAUAUCUCGAUGAGUGCCCAAGUCGAUCCAUUUAUGCGUGCCUAUGCAAGUGAAGAGGGUUCAGCAGCCAUGCAAAAGUUAUUGCCCGAGGAGUUCUCAAGACUGACGAAAGAGAUGACCACGUGGGGAAACGGUGAGUGGGAUGUGACGAAUAUCACGACGAUUAACGUGAAUCAAGGUGGAAGUGAAUAUAUAGGCUAUGUGCUGAGCAUUCGUCGAGUUCCCAACUUCUAUGUCUAUGUGAUCGCGCUGCCGUGUUUCAUUCUGACCGCUUUGUCAGUGGUGAGAGCAUGU